UCACGCCGAAAUAAUUACCCCUCUCUUUCCCAAAAUCCCCACUCCUUUUUUCUCCUCUCAAUCUCCCCCGUCUCCCCCCUCCCUCUCCCUUGCUUCCCUCUCCAGUCCCCAGCGCGCGCGACACGACACGGGCCAAUCACCCAGCCGCCGCCGCCGGCGAUCGCCGGAACUCGGCGCCGGUGCUUCCGAGCACGCUCCGCUCGGAACCAUGGUGAGGAGCGGGAGCAUACGGCGGUCCGCGGUGCCCGCGCCUAUGCCGGCGCCGGCGUUUACCGUGUCUCCCGCCGACUACAGGCUGCUGGAGGAAGUGGGAUACGGCGCCAACGCCGUCGUAUACCGCGCGGAGUUCAUUCCCACCGGCCGGACGGUCGCUGUGAAGUGUCUGGAUCUCGAUCGGGUCAACAGUAACCUCGAUGAUGUAAGAAAGGAGACUCAAACUAUGAGCUUGAUAGAUCACCCUAAUGUCAUCAGGUCUUACUGCUCAUUUGUUGUGGGUCAUAAUCUUUGGGUGGUAAUGCCAUUCAUGUCAGAGGGUUCAUGCUUGCACCUAAUGAAGGUUGCAUAUCCCGAUGGUUUUGAGGAGCCAAUUAUUGCCUCUAUUCUAAAGGAAACACUCAAAGCUCUAGACUACCUCCAUAGGCAAGGACAUAUUCAUCGUGAUGUGAAGGCAGGUAAUAUCCUUAUUGAUAAUCCUGGUGUAGUCAAGCUCGGGGACUUUGGUGUCUCUGCUUGCAUGUUUGAUAGAGGCGAUAGACAAAGGGCUAGGAAUACAUUUGUUGGAACACCAUGCUGGAUGGCACCAGAAGUUCUCCAGCCUGGAACUGGAUAUAAUUUCAAAGCUGAUAUAUGGUCGUUUGGAAUAACUGCACUAGAGCUGGCACAUGGACAUGCUCCCUUUUCGAAGUACCCUCCCAUGAAGGUUCUUCUCAUGACGCUCCAAAAUGCUCCUCCAGGUCUUGACUAUGACCGUGAUAAAAGAUUUUCAAAGUCCUUCAAGGAAAUGGUUGCGAUGUGCUUGGUGAAAGAUCAAACGAAGAGGCCAACAGCUGAAAAAUUACUUAAGCAUUCUUUUUUCAAGAAUGCAAAACCUCCGGAGCUAACUGUUAAGAACAUUUUAACUGAUUUGCCCCCUCUUUGGGACCGUGUAAAGGCACUCCAGCUAAAGGAUGCAGCACAACUAGCUUUGAAGAGAAUGCCUUCUUCAGAACAAGAAGCACUUUCUAUGAGUGAGUACCAACGAGGUGUCAGUGCAUGGAACUUCGAUAUUGAGGAUCUAAAGGCUCAGGCAUCACUGAUAUGUGAUGAUGAUCCACCUGAAAUAAAAGAAGACGAUGACACUGGUAGAAUAACUGACAUUGAUAAGGAUACAUCUUCUGACGAUUAUUUUGGAAAGACAGCACCAUCGAAUGGAAAUAACUGCAGUGAUCGUUCUUCUGUGCCAGCAAAUCCUGGUCAAAAUGGUCCCGAAAUAAAUGAAAUAUUGUCUUCCAACAAUGGGAAUGCCUACAGUGAAAGGAAGCCUGAUGGACGUAAAAACCCAGAAUCAGAAAAUGAUUCAUUGCCCUCGACGUCGAAGCAUGAUGCUGAUGGGAAAGAUUAUAGAUGUGAUUUCAGGCAAAAACAGAGGACAUACUCAGGUCCAGUUCUGCAAUCUGGUCCGAAUAAUAGUUCGAUGACUGAAAGGGGCCACAUUAUUGAAAGGGAUGCAGGAGUUCAAUCUGUAUCUGAUAAACAAAAGAAUGGUACAAGAAGAGCCAAUAAUCUUAGUGGUCCUUUGUCACUUCCAACUCGUGCUUCUGCAAAUAGUCUUUCAAGAGCCAAUAAUCUUAGUGGCCCUCUGUCACUUCCAACUCGUGCUUCUGCAAAUAGUCUUUCUGCUCCUAUUCGAUCUUCUGCAGGUUAUGUAGGCUCUUUGGGUGAUAAACCUAAGCGCACUAUGGUGGAAAUUAAAGGCCGCUUCUCAGUGACAUCUGAGAAUGUGGAUCUUGCAAAGGUUCAAGAAAUUCCAGGGAGCAGUGCCUCACGUAAAUUGCAAGAGGGGCCUUCACUGAGAAAAUCAGCCAGUGUUGGUGAUUGGUCAGCGAAUGAUAAGACAACGUCUACUAAUCAUCAAAGGAAGGAACUCUGCAAUAGCUCUGUAUCUACAUCAAUUCUGAUUCCGCAUCUUCAAAACCUUGUGAAGCAAACUGCAUUCCAGCAAGAUCUGAUUACGAACCUACUAAGUAGCUUGCAACAAAAUGAGAGAGUCGAUGCAGCUCAGUCAAGAGUCCAGAGCACGACGAGUGAUACAGUGGUUGAAGCUGCUACUGCUGAGAGAGAACACUCGUUACUUGUUAAAAUUUUUGAGUUACAAUCUAGGAUGAUUUCUUUGACUGACGAAUUAAUUGCGGCAAAGCUGAAACAUGUUCAGCUGCAAGAAGAGCUAAAUGUACUCUACUGCCAAGAAGAAAUCCUGGAUAUGAGAGAGGACGAGAGCGAAGAAGCAUGAUGCGGUGGAGCCUGCCCCCCUUUUUUUACUACUACUACUGAGGGGGACUAAAAGCCACAUGCUCUAAGCCCGUGCAAUUGAGGCUUGGCUAACUGGCUGCAUACAAUACAAGGACUCGAAGGAUCAUUGGCCAACUCCGGGUGCAAUCGAAGAACCUGCAAUGAGUUUGAUGGAGCGGGGUUUAUGAUCGUUGGCCUCGGAUUUGAACUGUUAUGUAUAUUCAGUCGACCCGUUCGAUUUCUGACUCGGGUUUGGUUUGUUCAGUGAGCUUUUAAGGCGUCUUGCGAUGCGCAUCUACUUGAUCAUUAAGAUGGCUAUGACGCCAGCCUCUAAUAUAUACUACUAGUGGUAGUAAUAGGUAUAGCGUCCGUAUAGUACCAUUGUACUUGUACCUCAGAAGUCAGCAAGACUGCGACAAUAAUUGCAUCGCGUCUGUAGACAGCGGAAUGCAUGAGUAGCUACUGUAGUACAA